AUGAAAAGACAGGAGAGCAGCAAGCCACCCAGUAGCUCUAGGGGAUCGAGACAUAGUAGUAAGUUUCAAUCUUAUACUCCUUUAAACGUGCCUCGCUCUAAUGUGCUAAAGCAUAUACGAGAAAAGGGAUAUGUUUCGUGGUCUGAGCCUAUGCAAACACCCUCAUAUAAGCGAAAUAUGUCAAAGUAUUGCCAGUUCCACAGGGAUCACGGGCUUGAUACUGAGGAAUGCAUUCACCUUAAAAAUGAGAUCGAGGCCCUGAUAAAAAAGGGGCACCUUUCAGAAUUCGUGAAAAAAGGGGAUCACCGAAGGGAAACUCGUGAACAGAAAAAGCCUGAGGUAGAAGAGAAGGAAAACGGUGGAGACAGCGGGGGUGCCCAGAAGAGGUAUGCCAAACAAGUACUUUUAGCAGAGGAAAGGAAGUCGAACGGUAAGAAACAUAAGCAAGAUGACACUAUCACCUUCAAUGAAGAAGAUGAGGAAGGAGUGCAACAAUCUCAUGGUGAUGCCCUAGUGGUGUCACUACUAGUGACCCACUACAAGGUGAGGUGGGUGCUGAUAGACAAUGGGAGCUUGGCCAACAUUAUAUUUUGGUCGGUGCUCCAAGAGAUGAAGAUAGGUAAGGAACGACUAAAAUCCAUCUCCACCCCGUUGGUUGGAUUCGGAGGAGAUGUUGUACAUCCAAUGGGUAUGAUAACACUCCUAGUGACAAUGGGGACGUCCCCACAACAAAUCACUUUGAUGGAGGACUUCCUAGUGGUCAACCGGCUGUAG